AUGGCGUUGCCCACACACAUGAUGAAGAAAGGAAAUGUAACUUUAACAAGAUUUAUAAACGGAAGAGCGCUGAGCACUUCAACAGCGCUUAAACCAGAAAAUGUUGCAAAUACCAUGGAUGAAAAAAAUGUUACAGUCCUGAACCAUCUGAAUCCGUUGGAGCACAAGGACUACUUCAACGUUCGAAACUCCUUCACACUGAAUGAUUUAUUUUUGAAUAGAGUUCAUUAUGGCCACAAAUCAAUCGUCAGAAAUGAAUACAUGAAGCCAUUUUUAUUUGGCAACAGAUUAGGCAUCGACAUCAUUGAUCUAGAUCAAACUGUUCAGUUACUGGGAGAUGCUUUAAAUUUCACUGCCCAUGUAGCAUUCAGGCAAGGAAUAAUAAUGUUUGUUACAAGAUCACCACAGAACAUUACUACUGUGGAACAAAUGGCAAAAGAUUGUGGGGAGUACUCUCAUUGCAGAAAAUGGCGUCUGGGAACCUUCACAAAUUCAACAGUUCAAUACGGAGCCACAACACGACUGCCUGAUUUAUGUAUCUUCUUAUCUACAUUAAAUGAUGCAUUUGAACAGCACACAGCAGUUGUUGAGUCAGCAAAAAUGAACAUUCCUGUGAUUGGGAUUGUUGAUUCAAACUGUGAUCCCAGAUUAAUUACGUUUCCUGUUCCUGGCAAUGAUGACACUCCAUGUGCAAUUAAACUCUACAUGAGUCUUUUCACUGAUGCCAUAAAAAAGGGCAAACAUGCUCAUGCUUCUAUGAACAUUAAUGUUGAAGCAAAAAAUUCUAACUGA